ACUGAUAGACGGCACUGACUGGCAUCACUGCUGGGCACUGACUGGGCACUGACUGGCGGCACUGACUGGCACAAACCCUGGGCACUGACUGGUGGCACUGAGUGGCACAGAUGUGUGACACUGCAGAGUGGCACAGGUGGGUGCACUGCUGGGCACAGGUGGGUGCACUGCUGGGCAGAGGUGGGCAGAACUUGCGGGUGGCACUGCUGGGCACCGAUCAUCAGGGCACUGAUCAUCAGUGCCCUGAUGAUCGGUGCCGAUCCCCGCUCUGACAACUGCCGGUUCUCGGCAGUACUUUCCUCACGAUCUGACAGCGUGAGGAAAGUGCAGCCGAGAACCGGCACUUGCAU